AUGUGGGUAACGUCCAUUCUGACGCUUGCUUUUACGUUCCAAAGUACUGUUUCCAAGGUGCUUCGUCAGAAGGAGAAGUAUCUCAAUCCAGACGAAGGAAGUCGGUCACCGAUUAAGCGAGCCAAGGGACGAGUUCCCGACAUUGAAAAGGCUCUAUCGAACUGGGUGAGAAAUUAUCAAAAGCAGGGUUACCCGCUGAGCGAUGAAAUGAUCAGAGAAAAGGCUUUGUUCUUUGCAAGCACUUGCGGCAGUCCAGACGGCAAAGAAAAGGUCCUCACCCAAAGCUGGUUGGAAAAGUUCAAGCUGAAGAACAACCUAAUGGGCGCGAAGUCUCGGAAGGGCUCAUUCGCGAAAAGCGAUUCAGAGAGCCCUACACGUUUGACUAUCGAUUCAGCUCUAGCUUCUGCUGUGCAGUCCCCUUCUGUGCUUUCUCCCACGUCACCGACCGGGUUUGCAUCGCCGUCACCGUUGUCUCCCAUCAUGAAUCCAGAACACAUGCGCAAGGAGCUUGCAAAAAGCCUAGAUGAGCUUGCUGAGGAGUAUCAGCACAAACACGCGAAAAGCACCACCUCGCUCGAUACGAAUUGCUCGCUUUCUGCCAGUGUGACUAGCCCCACAUCCACAUUGGUAUCGGACAGUCCAUUCACACCUGUCAGUCAGUCGCGGGGAUCGCUCGCAGACAGCCAGUCGAAUAGGCCACGAAGCCAGACGCUUCCAACAGGCACCCUCGACCCAUCUUUGAUAUCUACAGAAGAAUCGUCCGAUCAUUCGCUCUCUAAAGCGGCUUUGCAGCAGUCGUUGUCUAUCACAACCCUUGAGUCACCUCUCGAGGAUGAGCACAACUCGAAGAAGGGCCCCGGUCUCGAUACAUCAUCCAAUACCAUCAAGCGCAAUCGCAGCAACCCUGAGAUCAAGGCAAAGCCCAUGUACCCGCCCUCCUUUUCCAAAUCUACAACUGUGUCACCAAUUAGUUCCCCGGGGUCUCCAACGCAGGAUGAGGCACGAAGAGCUCUUGAGCUUGUGGUGUCCUAUUUCGAGCACCAGCCAACGGGACUCGGCGCACAGGAAUUCGUAACCAUUGGGAAAUUGAUGGAGAGACUUGAGCUCGCCAGGGCCCAGCAAACUGCUCUCCCCGGUGGUCUGGCGCGCAUUGAUGAACUUGAAGAUGCUCCUCAAUUGACCAAGAAACGAAGCAUUCACAACCUGGGUUAA